AUGCGGCCUACAGCCUCCCUAUCCCGACGUCUCCGUCGCCUCCCUCUGACUACAAAACAAGCUGCCAACCGUGGCGGCUACUACAAGGGCACCGGCACCGGGCCCAUGGGCAGACACACGAAACAUGGUGGCUACAUUAUAGAUUGGCAAAAAGUACGAACGUAUGUCGUACCAGCAGAAUUGAAGGAUUGCAAGCUGAGUCCUUUUGUAACAAAAAGGAUCAAGGAGGAAGACGUCAAGGCAAUGAGCGAGGGCUACGAGAAGGGCCGAAUGGGAGGAAAAGACUUCUUGGAACAAUGGAAACACGAUAAUGGCAUCGAUUGA